AUGCCUUCGGUGAUUUCCAUUGCGUCUGCCGCACUGUUGUGUCUAUCAACAGCGACUGCCUCACCCUCCAAGCCGGUUCAAACUCAGGCUGUCGACCCUUUCUUCUACAAGGGCUUUGAUUUGUCUUCUUUGCAUAUCCUGGAGCUCGGCAACGUCACUUACAAAGACACCGCCAAGGGCAAUGCAACCAGGCCUGCUGAGGAUAUCCUCGGUGAUGGCGGGAUGAAUACCGUAAGAUUGAGGAUUUGGGUUAACCCAGAGCCUGGACAAUACGACCUGGCAUAUACACUAUCUCAAGCCCAGCGAUUUGCCAAAAAGGGCUAUCGCAUCUAUCUCGACUUUCACUUCUCAGACACCUGGGCAGAUCCCAAUAAACAGUAUACACCAGCCGCUUGGACGACAAGCAGUGUGUCUGCUUUAGCAGCUGACCUCCGUCAUUAUGUCAAAACCACGCUUUUGGCGUUCAAGGCUGGCGGCGUUGAUCUCUCACUCGUGUCCCUUGGUAAUGAAAUUCGCCAUGGUAUGCUCUGGCCUACUGGCUAUGUCGACGUCGAUACCUCGCCCACUUCUGCACGCAUCGCGAACUUUACCUCUCUGGCCAAACUAUGGUCCUCAGCCCGCAAAGGCGUCGACGAUGCCGUCAGAGCCGGCGUCAAGAAACCCUCGGUCAUGAUCCACAUCGACGACGGCUGGAACAAAACCCUCCAACUAGACUGGUUUGAAGCCCUUACCGGUAGUGGAAAAGUCAAGACCUCUGACUGGGAUGUGUUUGGCUUUUCCUUCUAUCCAUUCUAUGGUACGGAUGCCACUUUGGCCAACCUCAAGGAUACACUCGAUGCUGUGGCUACCAAGUAUCAGAAACCCGUUCAUGUGGUGGAGACGGAUUGGCCUGCUAUUUGUGAUGGGGCUUCUGCGCCAGAGCUGAGCGAUACUUCUGUGCCCAUUAGUGCUGCGGGUCAAACAGAGUGGGUAAGAGAUAUUGUCAGUGUAGUUCAGGGCGUUGCCGGUGGUUGGGGCAAGGGUGUCAAUUAUUGGGAGCCUACUUGGCUGAACAAUACGGGAUUGGGCAGUGCUUGUCAGGAUGCGAUUUUGUUCUCUGGUGAUUGGAGUGGGUGGCCGAAUAAGAUUGUUGGAUACUCGAGAUCGAGUGUUGAUAUGUUUGCUGGUAGAUAG